GAAACACAGCAAAAUAUCGACAACUGGCUAGACGCACCUAGUCAAUCGACGCGGAGGACACCGUCGAGAGUUGCAUAUCUCCGCCUAUUUCCGUGACUUAACUCCAACCCAGACAGCAGAAGUACUGUACUGUACCUAACUAGUAACUUCCAUCCAUUGGCAACAAACACAUCUGUUUCAAAAGUCAUCUAUCUCCUUUCACGAUUAAGUACUCGCUAAAUAUGCCAUAUGAAUUUAUCAAUAACAAUGGCACUAUCAAUCCCUCUGCAAGAAAGCAGAUCCGUCGCCAUGUGGCAACUGGGAAGAAUGCCGGGAAGAAACUAGCGCGGCCGUCGCGAAAGAAAGCAUUCGAACUGAGCCGCAAGUCAGCUGCAGCUGUUAUCAAGACACCGGAGGUCGUGAAGAAGACUCAUGAUUCAAAGCCCACCGAAGAAGUGAUUUACGCUGUUGAGCAACAGAUUGGCGAUGGAUUGUCCAUACUCCCAGUUCCAGAUGAGCUUGUUCCCGGGUCCAGGCCGCUUGAGCGAAUGGCCAUCUCCUUCAUAGGAGGUCUUCGACAUGCACCUGAGAUGAGCAAUGCGCUAGAUACUACCAGCAUGUCGUCCUCGAUAUGGGUCCAGUUUAUGUUCUCGGACGAAGCAUACUUUCAUUGCAUGGUAGCCUUAUCUGUGACAGUUCUCGACCCGAUUGCUAUAAAGCCAGCGGGCCUCCUUGUGGCAGCGCGUCACCUAUCACAGACUUUCCGUCUGAUCAAUGAAAGACUAUCUGGAGAUAAUGCAGCAUCCGAUACGACCAUCGCGGUAGUCGUGAUGUUAGCAGAAUAUGAGCGCCAACUAGGUCACUACAAUAACUGCCUUGUGCAUAUCGAAGGGCUUCAGCGAAUGGUUGAGUUGCGAGGUGGUAUCUCGAAGCUCACGAGCAUAAAUCCUCACCUGACCAAAAAGAUAUUCAGAAUUGAUCUCGAGUAUGCCCUCCAUACAGGCUCGCCGACACGAUUCAGUCCCCAGGAUAUUGCGUUCGGUAGCACAGGCAUUUUGAGGUUUCCCAGAAAACAUCAAAGACGGAGCGAACAGAAGGGAUCCAUCGUUUAUCGUUCCGCGAAGUUCAAACAGUUGAGCGCCGAUCUUGAAGACGUUUUCAUGGAUAUUAUAUAUUUCGCCCACUUGCUCAAUGAGACCAGCUCUAGACGGCUACCCAAGAUGGAUCAUUGUGUCUUCCAUGAAAAUAUCCUGUUCCUCGGGUACCGCCUGAUCGCCAUCAGUACUUUACGGGGGCCCAAUCAUCCAAAUAAUCUUGAAGACAUGAUUCAUUUGGGCCUAACGACUUUUGUGUCGGCAUUCUUCUGGAGUCUUGACCGCAGCAUUCCCACUAUCCCACUUCUCACCGAAUCAAUCCGCUCUAUUGUCCAGAGGUAUGCAGGUGAUAGCCAGGAAGAAAGAGCCGUUCUCCUUUGGCUACUGUUUACUCUAGCAGCUUCUAUCUCCAAACAACCAGACGAUGAAGUAUGGUUGGUUCCAAAGGCGGCGGAGACAAUGGAUGCCAUGGAUCUGCAUACCUGGGAAGAUGUGCAUAGAACUCUUUCCAUGUUCCCAUGGGUCAACGCUACCCACAAUACGGCAGGUCAGGCACUUUGGCAGAAAUCACGCGUCCCCUUGUCACUUCUCAGAGAAAGGCUGGAAAUCAAUUGAUCUCGGCAAUAAAACACCGCUAUUGAGAGUGUUGAUAAUAACUGCUUCGUUGAUUUUGAUUAUCUCUGGAUUACCCCGCUCUCCUGACUGCGCCGACAUCUCUCAAUGGCAGUUAAUCAUCAACCAAGUCUUCUACAGAAGGGACCAGCCACAAGAUAAUCAGACGCAAUUGACAGAUCAUAACUCCUGCAGAAUUCUCUUUACAUAACCAGGCUCAAUGGACUCCAGUUCCAUGGCAAUUAAAUCCCAGACAUAUUGCUGUGACUGUUUCCCUUCCUCGUCCGUUAUCCAGCUCGGUACAACGUCCCUAAAAUAACAAGCUGCAUUAGCA